AUGAGUAACCUCAUUCCUCCAGAGUGUCUUCAGCUUAUAUUCAAUAACUUAAAAGAUGAUCGUAUAUCAUUACAUUCUUGUCUUUUGGUGAAUCGAAAUUGGUGCAGAAUUACAAUCUGUAUAUUAUGGAAACAACCUUUUCAUCUAUUAUAUGCUUGUAACAGAACUCCUUCUGUAAAUAGAGGCCCUUCUGUAAAACGUCACUCUCAAGUAACUAAUUUAUUAGACUCUUAUAUUUCUUGUCUUAUACACCUUAACAAGGACAUUUUAGUCGAAAAAUCCAUUGUUGCUCACUCAAUUACUCCACCAAUGUUUAACUAUGUGCAAUUUUUAAAAUCUCUUGAUCUUUAUGAAUUAUAUAUGGCUAUUUAUGAUUAUAAAGAUUCUAAAUUAAAUGGAAAAAAGUCUCGCUUUCCUCUGACUUCAAAGUUUAAUAGUAUUCCUAGAAAACGUCCUCCUAUAAAAUUGGAUACUACUACUACUCAUUUAGUAACUUCUGAGGAUUGCAUAUUAGUUUUGAAUUUUUUUUUUCGUGAAAAUUUAUUUGAUUUGACGGAACCAAAUCAUAAUGAUGAAUAUUGUUGGAUGGGUAUGUUCAUGUAUAAAUUUUUCUUGGAACAUUCAAGUUCAAUUGACAAACUUUCAAUCGGUGCUAGAUCUGGUUCUAGUAUUUUAUCUUUAUCAAAUCAAAACUUUCAUUUAAAUAGAAAAUAUAUAAACGUAGAUGAUUGUUUAAUAAUUCCUCCUUGUUUAAAUUCUUCUAAUUGUUUACCAAAACUUACUAAAUUGGUUUGCACUACUCGUUAUCGGAAGGCUAAUUUUCUAUCAAGUAUCGCAAAGAUUUGUCAUUAUAUAAAAACUUUAAUAGUAAGAGUUGAUUGUGAUAUGACUUAUUCUUUAUCUUUUCCUUUAAUUCCAAUUUCAAGAAAUUCAAGAAUUAUUGAACAUGAAUCCGUAUCAGAAUUAAUUAAAUCUCAAAGAGGAUUAGUUCAUCUUGAAAUAAUAUCUUGUUCUAUUGGAUUAGGAAAUAUCAUGUCAGCUUUAAAAUCUCAAGUAGCUACUUUACGUUCUUUACAUUUCACCAAUAUAGAUCUAAGUUAUGUUUUAAAUCAUUUAACUUCUUUAACAAAUUUAAUUACUUUACAAUUUUAUAAUUGUUAUUCUACAAGAAUUGAUUUCUCUUUGGAUCAAGUAAUCAAUUUAUCAAAACUUGAAACUUUACAUUUUGAUGAAGAUAAUGACGAUUCUUCUUUUCCUUUAAAAUCUAUUCCUGUAAAAAUUGUUGAAACUAUUAUUGACUCUUGUAGUUUUAAUUUAAGUUGGUUACAUUUAGGAAAAUUAUCUUAUCCACUGGACUUGGAUGGUGUAAUUAAUCAGAAUUCUAUUAGAUUCAUGGCUCCGAGAUUUUAUAAUUUAACUUACUUCAAAAUUAAUAUAGAAUGUAAAGAACAAAUACCUCAAGUUAUUGAUCUAGUUAAAAAUUGUUCAUAUUUGGAAACUAUUAUAUUAUGUCAAAAAGGUUAUUUUGAAAAAUCUUUAAGCGUAUUUGAAACAAAUUAUAUGCUGGAAACAUUAAGAAAGAAUGGAUUACCUACUACUUUAAAAUGUUUUGCUCUACAUGGAAAAUGGUGGAUGUUUACUUGUGUAUCAUUGGAAAUUUUUCUCGGUUUAAAUAUAAAUUCUUUUGAACAGAAUUUUUAUCAUGGUAAAAAUCCUGUAUUUGAACUUGAUCUUACAGGUGCUUCUCAAUGUUUUACGAAUCAACAUCUUAAUGCUAUUUUAAAAGCAAAUACUUAUAGAUUGAUUGUUAAAAAAGUUUUAUUAUCUUCGUGUAUAUUACCAGAGAUGUUGAGUCCAGAGAUGAUAACUAAAGCAGGUGAUUUGAUUAAAAUAGUAAAACCCGAAUCUGAUAAAAUUGGGUGUAUCCAUUAA